UGGGGCGGAGUCAGGGUUGGGCUAGAGUCAGGGUUGGGGCGGAGUCAGUGUUUGGGAUGGAGUCAGUAUUUUGGGUGGAGUCAGUGUUUGGGGCGGAGUCAGGGUCUGAGUCAUGGUGUCUGAUGAUACUGUAGUAUCUAAUCCAUCAUCAUUACAGCUUUCUGCCUGUCUGUGUCUCUCUCCAUGCAGUGUGUGUGUGUGUGUGUGUGUGCGCGCGCGCGUGUGUGUGUGUGUGUGUGUGUGUGUAUUUUCCCUGCAGAGGGGAGAAUAUAUUUAGCUGAAUCCUAAACAUUUCCCUGCCAUCUGAUUGGCUCAGCUGCUGUCACUCUACAGGAAGAAGGCAGGACACAGUUUACAGUUCUCUCUAAGGGAUUGUGUUGUCUGCCAAAUUUAACCCCCGACACACACACACACACACACACUCACUUACACAGACACACUCACUCACACACACUCACACUCAUUCACACACUCACUCACUCACACACACUCUCACUCACAGCGUGUUUAUUAGCGAGUGGUUAUAGCUUGUAGCUUCAGUGUGUUGUUGCUCUGUGUUAAUGAGAGGUUUCACCUGUGUGUAGAUGUGUGUGUUGAGACUUCCAUGCUUGAUGUGAACAUAUGGUGAAGACUGUGUGUAAAUAGUCAUGGGGGAUUGGAGCUCGUUGGGGAAAUUGUUGGAGAGCGCUCAGGAGCACUCCACCGUGGUGGGGAAGGUGUGGCUCUCUGUGCUCUUCAUCUUCAGGAUCCUGGUCCUGGGAGAAAGUGGGGGUGACGAGCAGUCGGGUUUCACCUGCGACACCAAGCAGCCCGGUUGUCAAAACGUCUGCUACGACCGCACCUUCCCCAUCUCGCACAUCCGUUUCUGGGUCAUGCAGAUCAUCUUCGUGUCUGUGCCCACGCUUAUCUACCUGGGACACAUCCUGCACCUGCUGCGCAUGGAGGACAAGCAGAAGCGUCUGGAUCAGGAGGGAGCUGGGAAAGCAGGGAAGGUCCCGGCAAUGAUUCGGGACGAACAGGGGAAGAUCCGGCUGCAGGGGGCGCUGCUUCGCACGUACGUGCUCAAUGUCAUUUUCAAAACGCUGCUGGAGGUGGGCUUCUUGGUGGCGCAGUACUUCCUGUACGGCUUUGAGCUCAAGCCCAUGUACACGUGCAGCAGCUGGCCGUGUCCCAAUACCGUAAACUGCUACAUCUCGCGCCCUACGGAGAAAACCAUCUUCAUCCUGUUCAUGCUAGCAGUAGCGUGUGUAUCACUUCUCCUAAAUUUAGUGGAGAUGUACCAUCUUGGCUUCACUAAGUGUCGCCAGGGUCUCCGCUAUCGCCGUUCCCUCUCUGAUUCUUCCUCCAAAACGCCCAGCGAGGAAGCUGUCAUUCCAUUUGUUGCCAGUUACCCCUAUUUCCCCGCCCACGCCCCGCCCCCUGAGCAUCAGUACAAACUCCCAGACACUGAUGGCGCGUUUCCCGCGUACGGCAGUCGCUCCGCCCACAAACAGAACAACGAUAAUCUUGCCGUGGAGCGCAUCACCACGGAGACAAAACCCGACCCUGCGGAAACCAAACCUGAUGAAACCAGGAUGAAGAAAACCUCAAGCUCCGCCCCCGGAUCUCCAUAUUACCAGCGCAGGCCGAGCUAUGCUAGUCGCUAUAGCAACAACAAGAGCAGACUGGAUGAUCUGAAGAUUUGAGGAGGAGAAAAAAUGGAAUAAAAGAGAAUAAACAACUGAUACAAGAGCACACACACACACACACUCACUCACACACACACACACUCAUUCACACACACACACACACACACACACACACACACACACACUGUCCCCUACUGUAUCUGAUAAAUACCAGCAUUUCCUACAAACAUUUGGAAAUCUGUUAGCAUUAGCCACUACAGAUAACGCACCAGCUAAAUGUGGCUAAUGUUACAGCGUUAGCUUGAAUACUAAUGUACUAACUGACUAGCUGUUGUGGUUUUUCAGAGAUGAGUGUGAUUUUUUUAUGGGUGAAAUGACAGCAGUAAAAGUGUUAGGAACUCAGACAUCUAAAUUUCAUGAUGAAAGUGUGAGAGUUUUCAUCCCUGUGAGAAGAUCAGAGAGAAGUUCCUCUCACUGAACUGGUGCCACAGUUAGCGUUUACUAGUGCGCUAGCGUUUACCUCACCGCUAGUGUACAAACUGUAGCCUAUAUCACUGUUUACUAGCAUUUGACAUAUUGCUACUGUAUUAGCAUUAGCUUUUGUUUUUGUUUAACAUUUGUCAGCAUUCAGCAUCUGCAUUGUCCUUCUUCAGUUGAACCAGGAUUUGUCACAGUGCUACUGUACUAGCACUAGCAUUUGCACUACUACAGAAUGUACCACACUGCUAAAAUGUUUUCAUUAGCAUUACACCUAUCAUACUAGUAUUAGACUUACUGUUAGUGUACAAGCAAUCUUUAUCCUGCCAAUAAACUGACAUUAGCCUUGCUGCUAUUUUACUACCAGUUUUUAUUCUGUUAUUGUGCUAGCAUUAGUCUUUGUUCUAGUUUUUCAAUAUUUGUCACGUUGCUAAUUUACAAGCCUUAGCAUUUCUCAGAGUUUACUAAAGCUAACCAUGCUGCUAAUGUGCUAACUGUCUUGCUGCCAGUUUAACAGAAAUAUUUCCUACUGCUAAUGUACUAGUAAUAGCCUUUUAUCAAGUUUACCAGAAUUUUUCAUGCAACUUAUUUACUAGCAUUUUUUAGUUCUGGUUUAUAAGCACCAAAAUUAGAACUGUCCCUGGUUCAUCGUUUGCAUUAGCUGUAAUGCUAAUGGGACAUUAAGAGUAAUGUUAAAAUGCUGUUCUUUUCUCUCUCUCUCUCUCUCUCUCUCUUUUUGUUAAUAUGAGGUGUAAUUUGGUUGUUGAGUGGUUUAUUUUUGGUUGUGUUUAAAUCAAAUCUUAAUGAAUUGCCAAAUAUUAUUACUGUGCUGUUACUAUAUUUUUACUGUGUACUGUUGCUAUGGUAACCACUGCAGUCUGAGCCAAUGAUUUUCCUGUGUGCUGUAACCUCAUUAAUAAAAUAUGAGUUUCAACCAGA